AUGGCAAGUUCCGAUGGUGGCAUGAGCAACGCCGAUUUCGCGCGCAUUCUUGACUCAAAUCCGAUGGAGUCAGCAGCCAGGAGAAGGCGUCAAGAGAUGGCCCCGACAGGCUCGACUCAAGACGCGGACGAGAUGCCACGAGCCUCUGGGCUUGGAUUCGGAUCCAAUUCAGGGCCAGAUCUGGCAUCCGCGUCUAGUUUUACGUCAGGUCUGGGUUUCCGCCCGAGUUCUGGAACUGGAUUAGGUCUUGGGGCUGAUACACAGGAUGCAGUACCCUCUAGACCGGUCAAAACCAAGACUUAUGGCUGGGAGAAACACACAACAGGCUUCGGUACUAAAAUGCUGGCCAAAAUGGGCUUCAAAGGUCGUCUAGGCAAGAAGGAAGACGGUGUAUCGGCCACCAUUGAGGUCAAAAAGCGUCCAACCCAAAUGGGUAUGGGCUAUGGUGACUUCGUGGAGGCCAGCAACCUCAAACAAAACAGGAAAUUACAGAAAGAACUGAAAGGAGAGACUGUGGAAGAUGAUGACACAGAUAAACAGGCUGGAGGUGUUGUAGAGGACGAUUCGUUAUGGAGAAAGAGGAAGGUGGUGACAGGACGCAGGAAACACAAGCGAGCGGCUGACUUGACGCAGGAAGCUCAUGACUUGAAGAAACACAAGAGAAACGACACUAUCCUGGAUAUGAGAGGCCCUUCUGUGCGUGUUCUGUCCGACGUGGCGGCUGUGUACGAUGUGGAUCCACAGCGCGUCGAAGCUGCGAAGCCGAAACUUGGUGACGAGUUGAUUUACAACGUUCGGAUGGUGGUGAACCUCGCCGAAGGCAAGAUUUACGACUUGACUCAAAAGAUCGACAGUAACAAAGAGAGUCUUGUUGGGAUGAAGAAGGAAGCCCAGCUGAUUAAAGCUCAACUGGAUGUGGAUGAUGUGCGACUGCAGCACAUGCAAGCCAUGGUGGAACAAAUGAAGGCACUGGACACUCUACGCGAGAAAGCACUUGAGAUGCAAUCAGUGGAGCCUAUAGUAUCACAUCUGCGCACUGUACGUCGGAGUUUCCCACUGGUGUUCGAAGCACACAAGCUUCAGCAACUCGUGCCGUCUAUCUGCAUGCCUCCGCUUCGAAUGUUAUUGACGGAAUCAAAGCUACUCGAUCAAGCAUCAAGUGAUCGUGUCGUGCUUCAAUUCCAGCUAGUCCAAGCCUUUCUGACAGAGUUACCGAGCAAUAGAACAGCAAAGGAUGCGACCGAAUCCAGGAGUGUGCUUCCCGUUAUCCGCGAGAAGACCGUGGCCGAAGGAGACGAUCUAUACAAUUUCAUUUUGGAAGAGACCUUGUGGCCUGCCAUGGUGCAGUGUGUGAAUGUGGAUUGGCACGCAAAGUCCGCCCCAGCUGAGUGUGUCGAUCUAUACCUGAAGUUCAGACCACAUUUGUCGGAUGAGUUUGAAGAUGCGUUUCUGGAUCAGUUGGUGCUUGCUCGACUGAAGAAAGAAUGCCAUCGCUGGGAUCCUCGGUCGGAUACGAUUCUUAUUCACGAGUGGUUGCUUCCUUGGUUACCCUACGUCGGUUAUGCGAUGAAGUCUCUGUACCCUGACAUCCGGUUGGCUCUUGCAAGUGCCUUAAAUCAGUGGCAUCCUUCAGAUUUGUCCGUACUUGCUGUCUUGUCUCCGUGGAGAGAACUCUGGGGUGAGCGUGAGUAUGGCAAGUUCACUCAUCGGCAUAUUGUACGGAAACUGAUCCGGUGCUUACAUCGCGAAUUUGAGAUUAACCCGGAGAAUCAGUCAUUGGAGGCUUUGACAUGGGUGUUGGCAUGGAAAGAUCAUCUUCCCCAUCGUCAGUUCAUUGCGCUAUUGGAAGGCGAGUUCUUCCCAAAGUGGCUCAAGGUUCUUCAUAAGUGGGUCAGCGGCUCGCCAGAUCUGGCUGAACUGGAGAAAUGGUAUUGCGGAUGGAAGUUGCUUUUUGAGAAGAACAAAUUAGCAACUAAUGAACGGCUUGUGGUGCAUUUCCACGGAGCGCUUGUGCUUCUCCACGCUGCGACCGAGUUGUUUGGCGUCCCAGCUGAUAGUAGACCACUAGUGCCAGAACUGAAUGGCAGCGCCGCCCGGGGCUACCAAGAUGCACUGGCAUUGGCGCGAGAGGAAGAUACAGAAGAGCCACCGGUGCGAGAGGAGAAGAAGUCGCCGCGAACAAUGUCCUCACGCAGCGUCAGUCUGAAGGACGUCAUUGAAAACGUGGCAAUAAGUCACAAUUUGACUUUUAUGCCGAAGGGCGUACACGACGGACAGCAAGUCUACACGUUCGGAGAGCACCAGAUUAUCAUAGAGCAAGGUGUGGUGUUUGUGGAGAAAUCGAAGGGUGUGUUCAAGCCCGUGGAUCUUGAGCAACUCCUGUAG